AUGUUUGUCGGUUUAAUAGCGGCAACCAUAUUGUUGAUACCAGCUGACCAACAAAUGGUGGAAGCAGCAAAAAUGAAGAAAAAAACAUUGAUUCCAUUAUUGUUGGGUGUAUUAUUGGCCAGUAAAGAAAAAUUCAAACCAUUACCAUUGCCAAUUCCGAUUCCAUUACCAAUUAAAGAUGAAAAAGUAAUUCCAUAUCCAGAACCAUAUCAUUAUCCAGUAUACGUUGAUCAUGGCUAUGGUGGCGGUGGUGGUGGUGGUUAUGGCCAUGGUGGCAGUUAUGGUGGUGGUCAUGGUGAUUAUGCAGCAUCUGGCAGUAAUAAUAUGGCACAAUAUGCAAUGCCACCAUCACCAAUGGCAUCGGCACCACCACAUUAUGGUGGUGGUGGUCAACUAAUCUGA